AUCACAAAAAUGAAGAGCCUGUGUUUUGAGCGGGAGAAAGCCCCCGAGGCUUUACAGGAACACAAAACAUACCACAGGAUGCUGCUGGCGUUGGGGGCGGUUGCUAGGCGACUGUUGGACGCUGGAAGGAAGGAGGAGGCGGAUGAUAUUGUCAUGAGGUUGGAGGGAUGGCUUGGAUUGCAUGAUCCCUGGCUUUUCCGCACAAAGCGAUCCACCAUGACAGAAACUGAAGUCCUUGAUGACGACCGCUGGAGAGUUAUCUUACUGGGAUCUCUGGGUAAUGCCGGUCUCGACCAAUCAUUUGAGAUGAUAGUGUCACAUGUCAACACAACCAACUCUCAGUGGGUGAAGCGGGCUGGGAUACACGCCUUGAGGAAGUACCAGCAUGAAAAGGCAGCACAUCUGAUGCUGAAGACAGCCCUGUACGAUGACGACGAGAAGGUGCGAUAUGAAGCCCUGCUACAAUACCAGGCUCACCCAAAGGCAACAAUCGCCCCCCUGUACAGGCAACAAGGUGCCGUAAAUGGAUCCGUAUUUGAGGUUGACCCUCGUUAUGUUGGAAUCCGGGACACUGAGGCACACGACCGGCACAGAAGGGGAAUCUUUGAUAAGCUGAAGUUCACACUGGCAUCACCAGACGUAGAUUGGGUGAAGAUGAUUGGUUCAACAACCAUUGGUGCUUCCUUUGGGCUGACCAUGAGCAAUGCUUUAGACUUCCAAAUAGAGCCCCUGAGUGGACACAUGAGAGUCAACAUCCACGAUGAAGCCUACGCCCGCAUCCACCUUGGUUUCAUGGGCUUUAACCUUGAUUUCUUCCUGGCGAGGAUCUGCUUCAAGGGAGGAUCUGCUUACAACCUGAACAUGCUGCAGGAAUACGGCGUGGACAACCUCAAGAAACUGGUGGAACUCUACGACGCCGUUAAAGGUGAUGCAGCUGGAGCUAUAGGGAAAGGUCUGGAUCUCUUCCGGGACAUUGUCAGUGGAGAGUUCUCGUUUGCUGACAUGGUAGAAGGCUUCAGGCGGUCACUCGAGGAACUCCCAGAUAAGGUUGUCAGUGUCGGGAAGAAGGCAUCAGAUGCUAUGGAGGUCCUUGGCCAGCUGGAAGAGAAGCAGUUGCCUCCCUUCGCUAAACCUGCCAGGAACGUUGUGCUGAAAGUCACAAAUCUUUACAAUGAAAUUAAGUCAUCGGUUCUCAGCUUUUACAACCAACUGAUGGAGACAGUGACGAUUAUAAUACCCAGGGCAGGGAAGAUGAUCUAUAAGGCUAUCAAGGCUAUCAUUGACAGCUUCAGGACGUUCAACAAAGACCCCAAACAGGCCAUUUCUACCGUCGCUGGCAACGUCAUCACCAUUGGUCUAGAAGUCAGAAAUCUGGUCAGUGCCAUAAACAAGACCAAGCAUGCUCUAUUUGCCACCAUCAAACAACCUCCUGACUGGAUGGACCUUGGUUCCAAGGUGGUAGAAAUAGUGGAGGCGGGGACUGAAGCAAAGGCGGCGCUGCAGCAAGGUGGGGAGAAAUGGAUCAAAGAAGUACUCAAAUGGAAGAGGGACCCUGUAGAUGAGUUUUCCAACGGGAAGACAAACAUGACUGAGAUGAGACAGGAAGUUGUGACCAUGAUGACGGACAUUGUUGAUGAUGUUCUGGCUCCUCUUGAACCUCUGAAAAAACUGGGAGGGGAGUUCUUGGACACUUUCCAGAAGGUGGUUGAGCUCGCCAACAGCGUGAAGGAAGCUUACAACACUCUGAAGGAAGGAUACCGAACAGCCCGCUCUCUUAUCGACCGUGUUUUCGGCCCCAAGUGUGACACGGAUUUCCCCCGAACUCUCCGACUCGCUGGGGGUGGAUGCAACGGGCAUGGCAACUACCCAUCUGAACUGAAAAAUGGAAACGAAUACGUGCAUGAAGGAAUAGAUGUGACAAUAUCUACUGGCAAUGACGUUGUGGCUCCGUUUGGUGGCAACAUCAUGCUCUCCGACAACCCUUAUGAGGUCAUCAUCAUGCCGAAUGCAGGAUCUUUGAUGGAAACUGAGGUUAUCAUCACUAACAUCGACCCCGACAGUUCCUUAAACAUACAACACCCGAGUGACCCUACUUAUGUCGACAAUCCAGUGAGUGCUGGACAGAAGAUAGGCGUGGCUGCCAACUCCCCGUGUGGGGGUAACGAACACAUCCAUUUCUCCCUGAGACGGAAGGGAGGCUAUGUGGAUCCUACACACUAUCUGGGGUCAGGGUACCGAAGAUUCCUGUGUGGGUGCAAGAAUGUGACGACUACAAGGUGGUGUUUAAGUUCGAGACUUUAGCUGAGGACUGCAUUGUGUGUCUGGGCGGUAAGAAACUCGACGACACCAGCCCAGGGAGACAAGGAAGUGACAUUGAAGAUCCCGAGGACCUCGAGUUCUCAAAAGAUCCGUCCUCAGUCGUUGACGCUGAAAAUGAAAAGCCUGAUUCCAUGUUCCAAAAGAUGCUAUCUCGCAAGCCACAGAUUGAAGAAAAGGCCAAGGCAACUAAAGAUUCCGCUCUGGCAACCCUUUUCCAGAAGGCUGGUGCUUUUAUGGAGAAGUUUUCCAUUCGUAACCUGAAAAUGGGGACUAUCAUGGAUCUUCUUGAGAUUCUCGACCUUGACGAGAGUCAAGAGAAGAUGACCGAGGUCAUUAAAACUAUAAAGGAGAUGAUUGACAACAAGCCGUGCUUCAACCCGUACCAGAUGACGGAUGACCAGCUGAGGACCGAGGUGACCGAGAGGGGGAUGA